AAUUAAAUGUGUGGAGAUGACUUAUUAUGCUUUUCUCAGUUUUUUGUCUACUCAAUUUCUUCUCCUUUAAAAAAAAAAAAAAACAAAUUAUAUUUUUAUAAUUUUUUUAUAAUCUUUUCCCAAUAUUUUCACUUUCCCUCAAAUCCUCUUGUUCUUGUUCUUCCCCAAAUAAUCAGGAAAUGGGUAAUCACAUUUAGCUCCAAAAGAGUCAACUUUCUUGGUUUUUUUUUAAUAAAAAGUUUUGAACUUUAAUCAAAAUUUGAAGAGCAUUUGAAGGGUGUGAUGAACUUCAAGAACAACAAGCCUCUUGGAUUAGGCAUGGAGUUACGUACUUCUUUGAUGAAUUAGUCAAACAAUGACAGUUAGUGUGACUUUUGAGGGGGUGGUAUGUGAAUGUAAUUUGUUUCAAGAUAGUGAUUUUGAUGGCAGAGAUGCUUCCGGCGGUGAUAGUGCCAUUGGAUUUAGGUAAUUCGUUGCGUAAAACCCUGAAUUUGGAGGAGACUCUUGUGAUAAUUACUGGGAUACAACAAAUUAUGGCGGAGAACACGAGUUCGGUUAGUUCGGUUCAAGAUCCUGUUAACAAUCAUGACUGUAGUAAUCAUGGUGUUCAAGAUGAUGGAUUUCAAGAAAGUGAAGAUGAGGUAAUGUCGUUAGAGGGUGAUCGGGUUUUUGAAACCGCGUUGGUGAGUGAUUCGACUGGUUUAUGUGGUGAGGAUUUGAUAGCGUUUGAGUCUGUAACGUCAGAGAUGAGUGCAUUGGGAUCACAUGAUGGGGAGAAGGGUGUUUCGGGCCAUUCGGCGGUGGAGGGUAGUAUUGUAAUUUCGGAGAAAGUGUCGAGUGCGGCUGGGACGGUAGCGCGAAGCGUGUUUGAAGUGGAUUGUGUACCGUUGUGGGGUUUCACUUCUAUCUGUGGAAGGAGACCCGAGAUGGAAGAUGCGGUUGCGACCGUGCCUAGAUUCUUGAAGGUUCCUAUUCAAAUGUUGACCGGUGACCGCGGUGUUGUUGACCGGUUGAGCAAAAGUUUGACCCAUUUGACCACCCAUUUCUUUGGGGUCUAUGAUGGGCAUGGUGGUUCUCAGGUUGCGAACUACUGUAGUACGCGUGUUCAUAAUGCGUUACAAGAGGAACUGGAGCCUCUAAUGGCGAGUUGGGGUGGUGAUGAAAGCGAUAAUAACUGUCAAGAAAUGUGGAAAAAAGCGUUUCACAACUGUUUUCUUAAGGUUGAUGAUGAGAUUGGAGGAAAACAAGGGGGUCAUGAACCCGUCGCUCCCGAAACUGUGGGCUCCACUGCCGUCGUUGCGUUAAUAUGUUCAUCGCAUAUCGUAGUGUCAAAUUGUGGUGAUUCGAGGGCCGUUUUAUGCAGAGGGAAAGAAGCCAUGGCACUCUCUGUAGAUCAUAAACCAAAUCGAGAAGAUGAAUAUGCAAGGAUUGAAGCGUCCGGAGGCAAGGUCAUACAAUGGAACGGGCAUCGUGUUUUCGGUGUUCUCGCAAUGUCAAGAUCUAUUGGAGAUAGAUAUUUGAAACCAUGGAUCAUCCCGGAUCCCGAAGUAACAUUCAUCCCCCGAGCCAAAGAAGACGAAUGCUUAAUUCUCGCAAGCGACGGUUUAUGGGAUGUGAUGAGCAACGAGGAAGCGUGUGAAAUCGCUAGAAAAAGAAUACUGUUAUGGCAUAAGAAAAACGGUUCAAACAAUCUUCCGACGGAAAGAGGUGAAGGGAUCGAUCCAGCAGCCCAAGCGGCUGCAGAAAGCCUGUCGAACCGUGCUCUUCAAAAGGGAAGUAAAGAUAACAUUACAGUGAUUAUUAUAGACUUGAAAGCACAGAGAAAGUUCAAGACUAAAACAACAGCAUCAUCAUAACUCACUAAAAUUCAUAAGUGUACAAUGUUAUUCUUCUUGUUUAGUAUUAUUCAAAACACAAGUGAAGUGCCCAUUUGUUUUUCAUGUGGGCUGACAAUAUGUCUGUCUGUCUGCUGUUGAUGUAAAUGUUUUUUUUAGAUGUUUUUGUAGUAAGAUUAGGGGUUCCUUGAUGUGUUCUGUUAUUGUUCCUCCAAGUUUCAAAGGCUUUGUGAGGUAUUGUACCUUCUUUUGGAAUAAGAAUUGUAGCAUCUAAUGUGUUUUAAGAACUACUAUAGAUACAAUAUAUGUUGAUGACUCAUUUGUGUAUUCAUGUAUAAAUGAUCAUUUUAUAUA